AUGGCGACAAGACGGCGAAUCGGUGUCAGCAUUGCGACGACGGAGGCUGCCCGGCGACAGCUUAUGCAGCCUGUCCCAUGCUGGGAAAAACUGUGGGUGACACCAAGCGGUAUAACCUCAGGUUCCUCGACGUUGAAGGUCUACAAGUGGGUCAAAACAGAGAAGGUCCAGCAAUUCAGCGACGACGAGGGCGAAGUCGAUGAACCUUUGGCGCCCCUACCAGAUGAACCCGAAGUUGUAGAAGGAGAUGAUGACCUUGAGCAGGAUGAACCCAAAAAUGAAGCUACCCAAGUCGUCAAGGAUCUUGACAUGGACACAGCUCAAGAUGAACCUCCUUCCAAACUGCCCUCGCCGAAACCCCAACUCAUGAUAGUGCAAUCGGGGUCUGAACUGGAGUCACACAGUCAUACGUCAGGGUUGGAUGCCUCCCUCAACCUGCUGGACACAGCAAUGGACGUCGGCGACGAAGAAGGGAAGAAGGGAGGAGACGACAAUGGCCUUGAGCUCGACAUUUCUGGACUCGGGCCGGAUGGCCUGCAGCUCGAAGGAGCGCAUAACCUUUCGCAACUCGACGGACCAGACGGGCUAAUGGGAGGGUCAUUGAUGGACGGCACCACCGACCCCUUCGCCGAAACUUCAUGA